CCUUUAAUCGAUUGUAUGGGCGGUGUGAGAGUGUGGGCAGUGGUCGGUCCACCCCAGCGCCCUCGUGCUCUAUAUAGAGGUGUCACGUCUGUCGAGGCACAGACGACUCGGCGAUGUGGACCGCUUUGGGAAUACUGCUGCUAUCUGCCUGCCGGAUGACGGUGGGAAAAACAAGUUGGAGGAAUCAUCAUUGCCCAGCUCCGAGGUCCCCCGUCAAUGGACUCAGUUUCAUCUUUAGAGACGGAGAGGUAGUCCAAUACACGUGCCACCCGGGCUAUAAGAUGAUAGGAAGACACUACGCUUAUUGCGUCAACAAUAGAUGGAAUAGCAACACUCCUCGUUGCGUGCCCAAUAACGGAUAUGAAGAAUUCAGAGGAGCAACAACUUAUACCAUAAGACCUGGUAUCAAAGAAUCUCAUUUAAAGGACAGAACAUCAACCGAAAGACCUUUGUUCCACUGGGAAGAUAAACCUCAUUAUCCUCCCUAUGGUGACAGAGAAAACAGACUGCCGUUAAUCAAUGGAAUUUGGGCACCUUCCCGAAAACCAGAAAACAUUCUUUCUAUUGGAACGACAACUAGAACUGAUAAUAGCGUGGAAGAGUUGAUUGAGAAAGAAAAGCAAAUUGCAGAGCUCAGACAGAAACAGUUAGAAGAAGUAAAAAAUAAACGCUAUGGUUAUACAACGUAUCCUCAAAGUGAAACUCAAAAAUCAGUGAAUGGUCGUUAUCAUGGCUCAAUCGAUGUAGUCGUUCUUCCUCCGGCUCCAGCCGAACUCACUAAACCAGGCUUAUUCAAAGAAAGGCAGAAAAAACGAAAUAAAAAACGUAAUAGGCGAAAGAACAAAAAACAUAUUCAAGAAUUACGUCACAAACCGGAAAUUAAAAUCAACGCCAAUACCGAUCAGGGAAUAAUUACAGAUUCUGUUGUGGAAAGAAAAUCUCGUCCGUACAAACCGCCUAACGUACCAUAUGAUCAUCACAAAUUGCGACCAUUCGAUCCUAGAACUUCCGCUUACGAUAGCACUUGUCACGAAUCUUCGCACGGUAUUACUUACCCACUACGAGCACCUAUGUUACCCAAUUCUAUUGUUUGGAAAUACGAAACUCACAAACAUUCAUCAUCUUCCGACAGUUUUUAUAUGUCAGUGCGAUAUAAAUGCAAUUAUGGUUACAGAUUUCAAAAUGAAAGAAUCAAUAAACUAUACUGUCAAAACAGACAGUGGGUUGGAGAGACACCCAUUUGUGUGCAAUGAGAGAAGUUACGCAGCCA